AUGGCCGAAGCGUUCGCCUUCCGCGGCAAGGCCGUGAGCCCCGAAAGGACGGCACGCAGCCCCUUCGGCAGGCGGACCUGGCUCGUCGUCGGGCUUAUGACCUCUGCCAUGCUGCUAAUGUGUGCUUCGGUGGCGUUGUUCCAGCGGCGCUUCGACCUGGCCAGCUACUUCCGCCGCCCGCCCGUAGCCGCAGCCCCAGCCGACGAAGACUGGGGCCGAAACGUGUCGGCCAACGGGACGAAGGGCAAGAUCCACGAGGAGCUCAAACGGGAACCGCGAAGUGACGCCCACAGCACUGUUGCUGCUUCGGAAAUCAAGACGCGCGAACCACUGCAGACGAAGACCAAGCGAAAGGCUCGCACGAAGUCCGCGUCGCGGCAGGGAGCCGAGAACGGUUCUAUGAGGACAGUAACUGCGGUUCGUAAGGCGUCUACGACGAGAGGCGCGCAGCGGCUUCGAGAUGGCACCACGGUCGUUGACAUCGGCCAAGAGCUCGAGCUCCUGCAACGGCCCUUCGCCGAGAGACCCGCGGCAACGGACGAGGCUUCGCCGACGAUCAACGGUGGCGACAGGACGGACACGAAGAAGGAACUGCCCGUACCACGGACUGCAGGGACCGCACCGAAGUACGAGGCUCGCUUCGUUUCUUCCGUGGGAAGCAAGUCCGCAGAAGCCUCGCACAGGACUCAACCUAGUAGCGGCAACAUCACAGAGUCUCCAGACUCCCGUAAGAAAAACGAAGAGUCAACCCCUAAUCACCCUCCGGCGGACCUCGCGAUUUCUUCGACCGACAGCAACCACGACUCCCCUGCGCCGCACAAAGGCGUCCGCAUGGUGAAGAGAAGGCGGAAGCUCAGGAAGCUCAUCACAGUUCCGGCCUCGACGUCAAGCACUAACUCGCUAAGCAGCUUGGCGGUUCCGGCUGGAAACGUGACUGGUGCAGGACCGCACACUGACAAUACAGGGGAAGCUCGCGCGAAGGAGGAGGUCGUCAUAAAGAAAAGAGAGCACCACGAUGCUCUGAACAACCAGGUGAAUUCAGUUUCCAAACUGGCGACGGGGCUAAGCUCUGAGAGCCCAACGACAAGUAUGGGACGCGCGGCAGUUAUUGAUGUCGGCAGUUCCAAAGCUUCCGGGGGAAAUAUAAGUUCAAACAGUACUACUGCACAAGUAUACUCAUCUAGCCCGUCUGUAAACACUGCCACCUUGAGCACGGCACGUGACUUCGCAGGAAUAUUAGCAAGUAAGAAGCCAGCGUCUUCAAAGGGAACUGUAGUUGGCCUCAUCGGGUCCACAGCAAGUCUUGCUGUUGCUGACACAGCAAGCUCGUCCUCCAAAAACAAGUCGUCAAGCAGACCGGAGAGCAGUUCCAUAACCACUAGAAGUAAUAACGGGACAGUUACCAGCGCGUCGAACAAACACACUAUCACCAUUGGAACAUCAAACGCUUCACUCGGUGAAUUUGUUUCUAGCGCGAAAUCAUCAUCACAGCUACAAACCUCGCUUUCGACUCGAAGCCCUCUCCUCAGCACCGAGAAUACGCAAACGACACGGGUGGACAUGACGUCAGCCGAUGCGAACCUCGUCGACAUCGUGGCUGAAGGAGUCAACAAAUCCGCGGAGGACGUCCUCAAGAAGAUUCUUGAUAAAGCAACGAAAGAGGAAAGAAACAACUCCGGGAAGUUACCAAAAGGUGCCGCAGGGAUGGCCGAAACUUCGGGAGGCGUCGUUGUCGGACGCGUGACGUGGGCGAACGGAGGAGGCGACGCCAGUUCAUCGGUCGCGGAAGCAAGCGCGUACAGUCGGCCUGCUUCUCAGCCUGCAGAACUGACUCGAGUUCCCAGUACGUCUUCGAUAGAUCAGAAUCAAUCAAAAUCGACAGGAGUCGCGGAAGGUAGGGCCUUUUUGUCGACAAGGACGACUGCACGGCAUCAGUCAUCGACGCAGUCUUCAACUGCAGCACCUUCGACUACGCAGCUCUCCACUAUACAACCGUCUGAGGAGGGUUUCACGACUCGGAUGGCGGCAAAAGAGUUCGCUGCGAAGCGGCAACCCAUGGAGGGCUCUCCGGAGGGGCCGAACUCGGCGGCCAGUACAUCGCUGCGAACGUCUACAACAACGGCUUCCACUUCAGAAGGGAUAGCUGAAGAGGUUGUCGUAUCAACAGAGACCAGCUCAACAGCUCCUCCUGACGAGAUCAUCCCCGAAACGGAAGCGCCAUCCAGUACGUCCUCCCCCAAAGAGACGUCCUCACCAGAGACGACCACGGUAACGAUUUCCUACUACACCGGGCAGGACGAGUGGAUUCCGGAAGCCAGCGGUGGUUACAUGAACGCGCUUGGCGGCUAUGCUAAUAAGCUGAAGAUUCGACGCCGAGGCAAGGCACCGCCCGCGCACGCAACGCCGGCGAAGAAGAAGGCGCCGGCGAAGGAGAAGGAAAAGACGCUUUCCGGCGACCGCUCGAGUCAUCAAACCAGGCGUGGCGCAGCCGCAAGUUUCGCCAGCACGAUUGGCGAACCUAAGCGUCCGGAAACGCGAAAAAGAACAUCAGCUGAAGCCCUUCCUAGAGUUCAGCAACCGGCCGCGAAGGCCAACGUGAAAGCCGAAAUGAGCGAUCUUUACUCCUCGCUGAACGCGGCGAUACAGGAGGAAAGCAAACAUAAUUUGGCACAGAGCAACGAAGAAAUGCUCGACUACGGCGUCGUGCCUCACGACGUGCCCGUAAGCAACGUGGCCGCGAAAAAUCAGCAUGACUCUCUGAGAGCGCAGAAUGCUUCUAGCGUGCCAAGGCUGGGGCCCGACGUCAGAAACGGGCCGAGGGAGACGGGUACAGUGACGCCGAUGGAGCACCGACGCGGUUCUGUCAGUAUAACGGUGGCUACGCAUCCACGCAACGCAAACCGCUCUGCCGGGUGGAACAGGUCGACGAACGCGAAUCCCGGGCCUUUCGGGAUCAACACCGCUGAUGAAGGCGUCCAGGCGCGCACGUUCGAGACACGUUCUACGAAUGUGAAGCAGGGCACGUCAAAGAUAGGCGUAACACUGGUUGUUAUGAACAGGAACAACGAAGGAAAGCAAUCUAAAAGGUUGAACGCUUUACCAUCGACGCGGCACUCUCUUGUGGCCGAGUUUACGACAACAUCUUCUCCAAGUCCCGCGGCCGAAAUCCUGGGAAAAGACAGCUUUUCGUUUUCUCAAACCACCAGCAGGGAGACAAAUAGGGCCCAUACUGGCUACGCAGUUUCCUACACUGACAAACGCAAGCUGGAGCGCAGUAGUGAAUUACCUCCUAAUCCUCUAGACAUCGAGACAGAUUUACCAGAAACUGAAUCACCGAACGGUCGAAACAAACCCGACGCUCGCCCCUUGGCUGACGAUUACGCUAGUGCUCCUACCGAUGGUAGCACGAACAGCAGCGCCACUCCUCGGUACGUCGAAAUCAGUAGCGAUAUCAAAGACGGAAAGUCAGGAAAACCUCAUCGACACUCCCCUUCCGGAAACCUGGCCGAAGAGUCAAUGGAAAACGCAGACAACACGAUUCCGACGCGUACUCCACAAGCAACCGAAGCGACGUCUGUGCACUCCGUCAUGGGAAUUCACGAGGUCGAAACUACGGCAAGAGGAAUCGAACGUAAAACGAGGUCCUCCGUACCCACCGUCAAAAGACCAGGGGUCGUAUGCGUAUACAGGAAGAAUCAUGCCGGCUGGGUGACCGGAAACACGUCGUACGGCCUCGAGUCUCUACCCUACGAGUACUGCACUUCGGUGGUGUACUGCUGCUUGAGUAUGCGCGAGGAUUUCGCGAUCGAAGGCCUCGGAAACCACAAUGACUUCAAACAGCUGGCCCAGAUAAAGAACCUCAACCCUGGCCUAGAGACUUUCGUGGUCAUCGAAGCGAACGAAUCGACCGCGCCAUCGUUCAAGCGCUUAAUAUCCAAGACAGUACAUCAGGACAUCUUCCUGCUGCUCGCGGUGCACUGGAUGAGGACCAGGGUUAUCGACGGAGCCUACCUUUACUGGCCUCAGAUGAAAGACAAAGACGGGGACAGAAUGGUGAACGCCUUCCGUUACCUUCUCGACAGCUUCGCCAAGUCCAAUCUGAAGUUCGGCCUCAUUCUUCCCGCUGGAACUCGGUACCUCGCCAAGACGUCCGCUCUGAAGGCCCUGACCGACGACCUAGACGGCUCCUACGCCGCCAUCUUACUGUCUCCAUUGGAAAUGGACGACUCGGCGUUCACGGGCACACUUUCCAGCCCCACAAAAGCGCUAGCCGAGGAGUACAAGAAGUACCCCGAGGAUAUCGUCGGCACUGCUUCUGUCUGCCCGAUGAUACCUUUCUGGGGCAAGACCUUCAAGAUGCAGGCGGUGCUCCAGGACACCGGUCUGGCACUCAGGCCAGUCGGUCGCGGAGGAGCGAGGCAGACCAGCCGGGAACCAGGCAAACUGGCCUUCUUCGAGUUCUGCCGCGAGCUCGGGAAGAGCCUGUUCGUGUUCCCCAGUCGGGAGAACGCCGUGAUCGGCGACGAGUACGUGACAUUCCUGACACCGGCGUCUCUGGAGAAGGACCUGUCGUCCACCGCGUCGCGCACCUCCUGGCGAUGCUUCGGAUCCUGGGGCCCCGAGUGGGACGACUUCGACGGUCACUGCGGAAUGGGGCGCUACCCGCUGCUGAAGACGUUGUACGAGUUCCAGGUGAAGCACGCAGUAAAUGUGCCGGCCGCAUUCGGCGAGGCUGGUCAAAGUUGA